AUGGGCAUGGGUAUCGGCGGUGGUCCGGGGAUGUUGGGCCGGGCGGGUGGUUUCGGGCCGCGCGGUGGACCCCACAGCGGUGGCUUCCUAGGCGGCGGCGGCGGGGAGGUGGCGGUGGUCCGGGCGCCAUGCGGAUGGAGAAGAUACACCCGCAUCGGUUUAAUCCGAUUGGCAUGGGAGGUGGCGGUGGCGGCGGUUACGUGCAAUCGCAUUUCUGGUGACCGUCGCGAUAUGCCAACGACGACGACGACGACGACGACGACGACAAUGACGACGACGACGAUGACAAUGACGACAGUGACGAUGACGGCGACGGCGACGAUGAUGGUGAAGAUACGCUUACAUUCGCCACGACGUUGGUCGCUGGCUGAAGCUGGCUCUUCUCGUCUCGUUUAUAAAGCAAAGCUCGCGAGUUUGAUCGCUCGUAGCAUAGCCGAGAGCUGGAGGUAG